AGCCUUGGAAAUACAAGACCCGCCGGAUAUCCGCCGGAAAAAAGCCUCGUCGUCUCCUUCCUGGUCGACUCAUGUGGGUUGUCGCCGGAAGAUUCAAUUGCUGCUUCGAAGAGCGUCCAUUUCGACACACCCGUCAAGCCUAACGCCUUUCUGGAUCUUCUAAAAAAUGAGGGUUUCACGAAACCCCAAAUCUCCAGUAUCGUGAGGGCACACCCCAAGUUGCUUCUGUCGAAACCGGAAAAGUCAAUCCUUCCCAAGAUCCAAUUUUUCCGGAAGUCAUUGGCCGGUGUCCCCAAGAAGAAGGUUCUCGACACUAUCUCGAAAAACCCUUUUCUCUUGACCAACAGUUUGGAGCACAAGCUCGCUCCUAACAUGGAUACGCUCAAAAAGCUGCUCGGCACUGAAAAGGCCGCCUCUCUCUUUGGCCGCGGAUUGCAUUUUUUAACCUGGGUCAACAACCAGGACCAAUUCGUCUCUAACAUGGACCACCUGCGGGAGAUUGGGGUGCCCGCCCCGCUACUCGAGAAGUCCAUCUUUCUGUGCCCUGGGAUUUUUUCUUUGGAACACUCUGAAUUCAAGAAACUCGUGCAGGAAGUGAAGGGAAUGGGUUUCAACCAGUCAAGAUUGGUGUUUUUCAUGGCUAUGCAUGCUCGUUCGGGGAAGUCCUGUUUGGCCCUUUGGGACCGGUGCUUUCAAGUUUAUCAAAAAUGGGGAUGGACGAGGGAGGACAUAAUGGCUGCAUUCUUGAGGCAUCCCAAUUGCAUGCUUUGUUCGGAGAAGAAGAUCACGGCUGUUUUGGAAUUUGUGGUUUGUGAGUUGGGCCGGGAAGCUAGGUCCAUGGCUAAGUUCCCAACUCUUAUCUUUUUAAGUAUGGAGACGAGGAUAGUCCCAAGGUGCACGUUUGUUCGUGACUUGGCUUCAAAGGGUUUGGUCAAGCAAGAUUGGAACUUGAGAAGUGUGCUUGUCUUGAAGGAGGAAGAUUUUGUGAAGAACACCAUUGGAAACACAACACCCGCCGGAUAUUCGCCGGAAAAAAGCGUUGUAGUCUCUUUCCUGGUCGACUCAUGCGGGUUGUCGCCGGAGGAAUCCAUUGCUGCUUCGAAGUUCGUACAUUUCGACACACCCGUCAAGCCUAACGCCUUUCUAGAUCUUCUAAAAAAUGAGGGUUUCACAAAAAUCCAAAUCUCCAGCAUCGUGAGGGCGAAACCCAGGUUGCUUCUGUCGAAGCCGGAAAAGUCAAUCCUUCCCAAAAUCCAAUUUUUCCAGAGCUCGCUGGCCGGUGUUUCAAAGAAGGACGUGCUCGCCACAUUAUCGAAAUACCCUUAUCUCUUGGUCAACAGUUUGCAGCGCAAGCUCGCUCCUAACUUUGAUAUGAUCACAAAUCUACUCGGCCCGGAAAAAGCCGCAGCUCUCUUCAGCCACGGAUCUACUCUUUUUACCAGGAUCGAUCUCCAGAACAGGUUCAUCCCUAAUGUGGACCACCUGCGGGAGAUUGGGGUGCCCACGUGGUGCCUCGAGAAGGCAUUUCGUCAGUGCCCAGGGGUUUUUUUUCAGGAACAGUCUAAGUUUAUGGAACUCGUGCAGGAAGUGAGGGAAAUGGGUUUCGACCCGUCAAAAUGGGUGUUUUUACUGGCCAUGCAUGCUCGUUCGGGGAAGUCCUGUUUGCUUCUUUGGGACCGGAGCUACGAAGUUUAUCAAAAAUGGGGAUGGUCGAGGGAAGACAUAAUGGCUGCAUUCUUGAAACAUCCCAGUUGCAUGCUUUGUUCGGAGAAGAAGAUCACGGCUGUAUUGGAAUUUGUUGUUCGUGAGUUGGGCCGGGAUGCUAGGUUGGUGGCUAGGUUCCCAGCUAUUAUCUUCUUAAGUAUGGAGAUGAGGAUAGUCCCAAGGUGCACGUUUGUUCGUGACUUGGCUUCAAAGGGUUUGGUCAAGGAAGAUUGGAACUUGAGAGCUGUGCUUGUCAUGAAGGAGGAAGAUUUCAUGAAGAAGUAUGUGUUGCGGUUUGCCGAUGAGGCACCAGAGCUUUGUCUCAAGGAGUAUCUGGAAAUUUAUGAACAGAAGCUUUUUGAUGGAGAUCAAAACAUCCUAGGCGACAUUUGGACGAUAAGCACCCUUGGAAACACAACACCCGCCGGAUAUUCGCCGGAAAAAAGCGUCGUCGUCUCCUUCCUGGUCGACUCAUGCGGGUUGUCGCCGGAGGAAUCCAUUGCUGCUUCGAAGCUCGUGCAUUUCGACACACCCGUCAAGCCUAACGCCUUUCUAGAUCUUCUCAAAAAUGAGGGUUUCACAAAACCCCAAAUCUCCAGCAUCGUGAGGGCAAAACCCAGGUUGCUUCUGUCGAAGCCGGAAAAUUCAAUCCUUCCCAAAAUCCAGUUUUUCCAGAGCUCGCUGGCCGGUGUUUCAAAGAAGGACGUGCUCGCCACAUUCUCGAAAUACCCUUAUUUCCUGACCAACAGUUUGGAGCGCAAGCUCGCUCCUAACAUGGAUAUGAUCACAAAUUUACUCGGCCCGGAAAAAGCCGCAACUCUCUUCAGGCACGGAUCGACUCUUUUUACCAAGAUCGAUAUCCAGAACAGGUUCAUCUCUAACGUAGACCACCUGCGGGAGAUCGGGGUGCCCACUUUGUUCCUCGAGCGGGCAUUUCUUCAGUGCCCAGGGAUUUUCUGUCACGAACUGUCUAAGUUCAGGGAACUCGUGCAGGAAGUGAGGGGAAUGGGUUUCGACCCGUCAAAAUCGGUGUUUGUGCUGGCAAUUCAUGCUCGUUCGGUUAGUAUGGAGGAGAGGAUAGUCCCAAGGUGCACGCUUGUUCGUGACUUGGCUUCAAAGGGUUUGGUCAAGGAAGAUUGGAGCUUCAGUACUGUGAUUUGUAUCAAGGAGGAAGAUUUCAUGGAGAAGUAUGUGUUGCGGUUUGCCGAAUUUCAAAAAGGUCUCAAGGAGUAUCUGGAAAUUUAUGAAGAGAAGCUUUUUGAUGUGAGAUCAAAACAUCCGAGGCGACAUUUGGACGAUAAGAUGAUGCUUGUGUGGAUUGGGCUAUUAUCUUUUGAGAUCAGCACCCUUGGAAACACAACACCCGCCGGAUAUUCGCCGGAAAAAAGCGUCGUCGUCUCCUUCCUGGUCGACUCAUGCGGGUUGUCUCCGGAGGAAUCAAUUGCUACUUCGAAGUUAGUGCAUUUCGACACACCCGUCAGGCCUAACGCCUUUCUAGAUCUUCUUAAAAAUGAGGGUUUCACAAAAACCCAAAUCUCCAGCAUCGUGAGGGCAAAACCCAGGUUGCUUCUGUCGAAGCCGGAAAAUUCAAUCCUUCCCAAAAUCCAAUUUUUCCAGAACUCGCUGGCCGGUGUUUCAAAGAAGGACGUGCUCGCCACAUUCUCGAAAUACCCUUAUUUCCUGACCAACAGUUUGGAGCGCAAACUCGCUCCUAACAUGGAUAUGAUCACAAAUCUACUCGGCCCUGAAAAAGCCGCAGCUCUCUUCAGCCACGGAUCGACUCUUUUUACCAGGAUCGAUCUCCAGAACAGGUUCAUCCCUAACGUGGACCACCUGCGGGAGAUCGGGGUGCCCACUUUGUUCCUCGAGCGGGCAUUUCGUCAGCGCCCAGGGGUUCUCUGUCACGAACAGUCUAAGUUCAGGGAACUCGUGCAGGAAGUGAGGGAAAUGGGUUUCAACCCAUCAAAAUCGAUGUUUGUGCUGGCAAUUCACGCUCGUUCGGUUAGGGCCUGUUUGGCCUUGUGGGACCAAUCCUAUUGUGUUUAUCAAAAAUGGGGAUGGUCGAAGGAGGAUAUAAGGGCUGCAUUCUUGAUGCAUCCCAAUUGCAUGCUUUGUUCGAAGAAGAAGCUCACGGCUGUCUUGGGAUUUGUGGUUCACGAAUUGGGUCGGGAGGCUAAGUCGGUGGCUAAGUGCCCAACUAUUAUCUUUUACAGUAUGGAGAAGAGGAUAGUCCCAAGGUGCACGCUUGUUCGUGACUUGGCUUCAAAGGGUUUGGUCAAGGAAGAUUGGAACUUGAGAGCUGUGCUUGUCAUGAAGGAGGAAGAUUUCAUGAAGAAGUUAUUCUAUCCUGGAAUGGACUUGCAAUUUCUUCAUUUGCUAGGGCAUCUAAAAUUCUGA